AUGCCCAGUGUUCUACCGGGGGGAACUGAACAAAUCUACAUUAAGAAACCAUGUUGGACCUUCCUGGUCAGAUUCGUGCAAAGGCAAUUGCCAGCGCUCCAACCAUCGCCACAUGGGCGAACCGAGGAGGCGUCCGCCAACGACGCAGAGGCGGAGUCCGUGCUUCAUGGCUUCUGCAGCCUCGCGGCGGAGUUGAAGGCUGCCGAUCUGCUGGCAAGCGUCCUGGACCAGGAUGAGGCAAGCGCCAAGUUGGUGCUAAGGUUCUUGGCUGCGCAGACCCACGAGGUGGGCACCAACACGGCUUGCAAAACUCUGGAGACGAUUUUGCAGGUUCCGAGUUGGAAAGCACAGUUCGGGGAGGGCUUGCAGAAUGCUAUCUCCAAUGAAUGCCGGUUUCAGCUGUCCAAGGAAGGCGUUCUGUUUCCGGAGAGGCGUAGCCAGUCUUUUAUCAAUACAAACCACCAAGAAACCACCCAGGGCGUGUUGAAGCAAGAGCUUCAUGAGACUGCUCAGCAGCUUGCAGAGCGGGGUGCGCGCAUUGUCCUAUUGGGAGAUCGCGGCACGGGCAAGUCUAGCCUAUGCAAUGCCGCAUUUGGACGGCAGCUGGCGCAGACGGGCGCAGGCCGAUCGGUCACUCAGCAGAUCACUUUGUACAGAGCAACUGAGUCCUGUCCCGUGAAUCUCUACGAUACGAAGGGCUUCGAGACUGACGGAGCUGACGGAGUUCUUAAGCAACUGAAGAAGCUAGUUGAAGAGCGAAGACGUGCAAGCGAGAGUCACAACGUCGAAAGCCCUGCAAGGGUUUCAGAGCUCCUGCACCUGGUUUGGUGGGUCGUGGAUGUUAUCAGCGGUGGUAGGUUCAACCCCAGGCACAUGCAGAAGGUUUGCUCGCUCCUUCACAAGAACGGCAUCCCAGUGAUCAUUGUUCUCAAUAAGUGCGAUGUCGCAGAGGAUUUUGUUCGAGGAGUGGAAGCUGCUCAGCUGCUCAAAGCCGGCCUUCUUUGA